AUGAUUAUCGGAUGUAGAUGGGUGUUUACUAUAAAACACAAUGCUAAUGGAUCUAUCAAAGGAUACAAGGUAAGACUUGUGACAAUAGGAUACACACAGACCUAUGGUAUAAACCAUGAAGAAACCUUUGCACCAGUUGCAAAAUUGAACACCGUCAGAGUCUUAUUGUCCCUUGUAGCUAAUUUGGAUUGGUCAUUACACCAAUUUGAUGUAAAGAAUGCUUUCUUGCAUAAUGAACUCGCAGAGGAGGUGUAUAUGGGCAUUCCUCUUGGAUAUAAUACUACUCAAACUGGAAAAGUAUAUAGAUUACAAAAGGCAUUGUACAUAUUGAAACAGUCACCACGCGCAUGGUUUGGACGGUUCACCAUGGCAAUGAAGAACAAUGGUUUCAAACAGAGUAACUCAGAUCAUAUUCUAUUCUUGAAACAUCAUAAAGGGAACGGAACAGCUUUAUUAAUCUAUGUUGAUGAUAUGUUUAUUACUGUGAAUGUUAAACAUGAAAUAUCUCAACUACAAGACUAUUUGUCUACUGAGUUUAAGAUGAAGGAUCUAGGUGGACUCAAGUAUUUCUUGGGGAUUGACGUAGCCUGA